AAUAUAAAUAUACAGCAAGCUCUGGCACUUUAUGUUGAAGCAGAGCAUUAGUGUUGGAGACAAAAGAAACCCUUUUUUGCUUUUAUGUAUUGGGGAGUAAUGGCGUCAGAGGGGUGGAGGAAGGGCCCUUGGACUGCAGAGGAAGACAGGCUGCUCGUUGAGUAUGUCAAGCUGCAUGGUGAAGGAAGAUGGAACUCUGUUGCUACCCUUGCAGGGUUGAAAAGGAACGGAAAGAGCUGCAGAUUGAGGUGGGUGAAUUACCUGAGGCCAGACCUCAAGAAAGGGCAAAUCACUCCUUAUGAGGAGACCAUGAUACUUGAGCUGCAUGCUAGGUGGGGAAACAGGUGGUCAACAAUUGCAAGAAGCCUGCCUGGAAGAACAGAUAAUGAGAUCAAGAACUACUGGAGAACUCACUUCAACAAGAAGCCAAAACCCUCCUCCAAUGGCACCCACAAGUUGAAGGCGCCCCGGCUUCUCAGAAGGCAACAACAGCAGCAGCAGCAACUACUACAACUACAACAAGAACAGCAGAAUCAACAGCAGAUGAUGCUGAUGAUGAACCAAAUUAUGGACAUGAAGAUCAUGUCACUGGUGGUGGAAGAAGACAAUCAAAUUGCUGAGGAAGAAGGAGGGCUUUGGUGUUCAAUGUUGUCUACUGGCUGUGCUGCAGCUGCUGUCCCAGAAGGCACCUCAAAUCAUAUUGAGGAAAACCUAAUUUUGUGGGAUGGGUUGUGGGACUAAUUAAUUUAAUUUUUUGGGGGUUUUUGUCUUCUUGUUAGUGCUUGUCCUAGACUAGCUAGCUGCUGUUCUUGGGACAAAAAAAUAAAAAAGGUUCUCAAUCAGGCACCUAUGAAGUUUUAAUCAUUUGGAGGCAAGACUAGGUUCUCCAUCCAAUAAUUUUGUGCCUAUAUAUAUAUUUAUAUUAUAUAUUGCAUGGUUCAUGCCA